GCCGCGUUAAAUCAACAGUUCCUUGGACAGAGCAAUGUUCCUGUCCCAAAAGAAUGCGCACAAUAAACAACAGUAGUGGCUUGUAUUGCACAGAAUACUAUGGUAAGGACAAAUGCUAAUAUUUUAAAGGAAUUUUGAACACCAGUAAAGCUCAAGGUAAUUGAAAGACAGACAGACUUUAAUGCAUUCAUAAUUUAUUUAAUAAAUUUAGACAAAAUUAAGCUAGAAAUCUUUUUAUAUUGAAACCUUAACAUAUUCCCUUUAUUCUCUUGCAAUUUAAUAUAUUCUCCUCUCGCACUUAUCAUAUUUUUUUUUUAAUGAAUAAAAAAUCUUCUCGUUUGUUUCUUUUAGAAUUAAAAAAAACCUCGAUUAUUAUUAAAAAGUCAAAGGGUUUUGUUCUUUGAAAUAAAAACUUGUUUUUUUUGUUGUUUUGGUAAGUACUUCCAUUUCUUUAUGUUUUGGCUAAAAGAUAUUUUCAUUUUAUAGGGUGCAAUACAAACUUACGAGACCCUUUAGGAUAUCUUUCAAGUCCAGGAUAUCCGAUUGAAUUUCCUGGCUGCUUCUGGAGAAUAGUGACGGAUCCUGGAUCAGUUGUUGCUCUUAGGUAAAUUAGCUUUAAUUUAUUCUUUCUCAUUUUUAUUACAUCAAUGUCAUAUUUCCAAUGUCUGUAACAAUCUUAUAUAAAUAAGACUUAUUAGAUUUUUACUAGUCAUUUUUUAAAUCAAUUUUUAUUAUUGCAGUAGUAAUAUUUUAAAACUGAUAAAUCCUUUUUUCUAAAGAGCAGUUUUAUAUUAAUUACAUAAUUUUUAUCCGACAGUUUUUUAAAUUCAUGGAUUCGCUUCUUUUAAAUGGAAAGAAACGAGAAUAUUUCAAACUUUUUUCGUUUAAAACAUAAAAUGAUUUUCCAAAAAAACACAAUGAAAUAUAAAAUAUGAUGCUAGCAAUAUUGACAUAGGCAGCUUUAAAAUGCAAUAUUUUGUUAACAGAUAUAUUUAAAUUCUCUUGCUAUAGAUUCUCAAUGGAAAUAAAUCCAUGGUAUGUCCAGUGUGGCUAUAACUAUGUAUCAAUAAUAGAUGAAAAUGCUGUAGAACAAUCAAAAAUCCAAAUGUGUCUUAACAGCAAAGGAUGGAUUCAAACUUCGUCAAAUGUUAUGCUUAUAGUGUUCCAUGGACAUAUAUUGGAACAGGAUGCAUUUGUUUUUAGUGGGAGAUACAAUUCCCAUUGUAAGUACUUUUUUGAAACUUCAAACAACUGAUUAUGAUACAUCAUAUUUAUAAUUUGUUGGCAUAAGAAGUCUAACAAUAAACCUUUUAAUUAUUAAUUGAGGGGGGUAAAUUACAUUCAUUUUAGCAUAGUGUAGGUAUCUACUAAAAACAAAAUUAAAUAUUUAAAUAAGUACUCCAUUUGAUGAAAAAUAUAUUUCUGUCUACAGCUUGUUCCAACUUUACAUGGGGGUCUAGAAAACUGCCAUAAGAAAUGUUCGUGUAUAGGAGACAACACUAAAUACUGUCAGAGUGAAACAGGAAAAUGUAUUUGCAAGAAAGGUUAUUCCUCCCAUGACUGUUCAUUUGGAACUGUGCCACGUAAGUUCUUAAAAGCAGCCGUUUAUGAAAUAGUACAAAAGAAAAUAUUGCAUUGUGAAAAUAAAUGCUUAGUCAGUUUAACUUAAUUAAAUUAAAUUUAAAUAAGUUUGAUAAAAUGAACAGAAUAUUGCACAAUCAUUGAAGUUGUCAAUCAUUUAGCAUAUGUUCUGAUUCCACCUCAGAAAUUUUUUUUUAACAUCUGUGCAAACAUCAACUAGUCUCAAAUUUGAAUAAUAUUCAUUCUCCAGCUUAAUUGUAAAAUAUUUUUUAAAAUAAUUUUGGUUUUCUGUAAACUUAUUUUCAUAUGAAACACAAUGACAUGUAAACAUGUGAAUUUACAAAUAUAAUUGUUAGCUUCUAGAAAUUAGUCUAGUUAAAUCUCGUUUAAAACUUUUAUGUUAUGACACAAUAAUUUUAAAGUAGAACAAAUCAUUUUUAUAGCGGUUUAAAAUGUAGAAGUUUUAUUUAAAUUGAAGGGGUUCACAUAGCAAAAUUAAAGUAAAAAUAGCAUACUUCAAAAUUGUGAAGAAAAAGUUGUUCAUUGUGUGAGUAUUACAUUGAAAUUAACAUAGCUGACAUAUUACAUUGGAACCCUCACUAAAAUUCAAUAACUUUGGUCCAUACAAUUUGAUCACGCUAAUGGGAUUGUAUUGAAGCAGGGUUUUGUCAUAUUCCAUGCGAUUAGCUUUGGAAUUUAAAAAAAAAAAAGUAGGAAGACAGCUGAUCACACUUAAAAAGAAAGGAUCUUUUUCUUAUUUUGGUACGAGUAUGUGUUCGUGUCACAGAACAGUUAAGGAGGAGGGCUCCGGUCCUGACUUAUCACAAACUGUAUUGAUGUAGUAGUGUUCAGUACAAGACGCUCCUCUCUGUGAUUUAUAUUGUGGGUAUCUAGACGUUGGGACAGACAAAGCACAACGUAGACUUGAACAAAAUCCAACAACUUAAACUCCAGGUGUCCAAUGAUAAAAUAGACUAUAUUUAUUACUCAAAUAGAAAGGUCUUCUAUAGUCUUCACUAACUGUCAGCUAUAUAUAUGAAUUUCUAAAGCUAUGAAUGUUGACUGUUUCGUCUCAAAUAUUUCUUUGUUCUUCUAGUCAACUGUUGUCUCCUGAACUCUAGCAACUAUUCUCUAUGAACUGCUCUCUCAGCUCUUCUCUAGGUACCUCAACUAACUCCUUGUCAUGAAAAGUUUUAUCUUAUAUGUUAUUCUUUACUUUCGUAGGUGGCCCAGGAAUGUUAUCUAUAAACACACUGUUGCCCCUAAUUUCCGGUCAAUUAGACCUUCCGGUUGUUAACCCCAAAAUUAUCAAAGUCGUACAGGCCCGAACAUAUUAUCGAAAGAAACAACCCCCUCUAUCUUAAGAUUAAGAGUCUAUUAACAUUAACUUCACCCCCUUAACAAUGCCUUCCCUAAAAUAACGACAACUUCUGCCUAUCUUAUAAGGAACCUUAACAACAACGGAGCUCUGUCCUGAACCCCAACACCAGUCAUUUGUGACAGUUCGAGUUGAAUUAAUAUUAUUGGAUCUUUUUAUUGUGUUAAGCAAUAUCUUUUUUCUUCACAUUCUUUGAAUAACAAAAAUAUUUAUGUGCAAAUGAAUAUACCACUACAUAUCCGAAUUUUUUUAUAGCUAGUCACAUUAUAGUAGGGUUUCACUGUAUUUCUAAAUAUUGCAGCCACACCUUGUGAAACUUUGCAUGAAAGAUCAGGUUUGAUAUGGUUACGGAAGAAUAGGAAUUCAAAUGAUACUAUUUCUUGUUGGUUAUUAC